AUGGAUGUUGCCCAAACCCAAGUUCGAACUGUGAGAGUAGUUGAUGUUGUUGCAGAGGAGUGUCAAAGGCUGUUUCAUCACUUUCUGGAGACUUUCAAAGAGAAUGAUGUACUAAAGUAUGUUGAGGCUGCCAAUGCACUGAAGCAGCUAGAAAAGAAUACAUUAUCUGUGAACUUUACGGAUAUUAUAGUUUCUGACACUAAGUUAUCUGGAUUGAUACAAGACGAAUUCUAUCGACUGUAUCCAUCUCUCUGCGCAGCUACGAAGAAUUUUGUAAAUGACCACGUCCCAGACACUCAAAACUCAGGAAGAGAUUUCUAUGUCAGUUUUACUGAUGUCCCCAGCUUGCACAGAAUGCGAGACCUCACAGCAAGCCAACUUGGAAGGCUGAUUAAAGUACGUGCUCAGGUAGUGCGGGCUCAUCCCGUUCAUCCUGAGCUGUUAAUGGGUACCUUCCGCUGCUCGGAAUGUAGGAUUGUAAUAAGGAAUGUAGAGCAACCUUUUAAAUACACUCAGCCUACUGUGUGUUUUAAUCCGCAAUGUGGGAACCGUCUCAAGUUUGAGCUGUUGACAAAUGAAUCGAAGUUUGUUGACUUUCAGAAGGUCCGCGUGCAGGAAACCCAAUCUGAAUUACCUCGAGGGAGUAUCCCACGCAGUCUCGAAGUUAUUUUGCGUGCAGAUACGGUAGAUUUAGCUCAACCUGGUGAUCGGUGUGAAUUCAUUGGGACCCUCAUCGUUAUUCCAGAUGUUGGACAACUGGCCACCCCUGGAGACAGAUCGUUAGAGGCUAAGCCGUUGCGAGGACGAGAUAAUCAAGAAAUUGGUGGUGUUACUGGUCUUAAAGCUUUGGGAGUACGUGAACUAUCUUAUCGAACGGCUUUUUUGGCAUGUACCGUCAUUCCUUCUAAUGGAAGGUACCUUCCGUCAGAUGAUUUAGAGGAAGCAGAUGCAGUUUCAUACGAAGCUUUAUCAAAAAGACUAACGCCUUCGGAAUUGGAUACAAUUUGUCAGAUGAGCCAUGAUCGAAAACUUCUUGCAAAUAUGUGCAAAUCACUUUUCCCUACUGUUCAUGGUGCUGACGAAGUAAAGAAAGGCAUCUUAUUGAUGCUUUGUGGUGGUGUACCUAAGAUUACUGAGGAGAAAACUCAUCUUCGUGGUGAUUUGAACGCCAGUUCUGCUGCCGGUUUGACAGCUGCAGUUGUGAGAGAUGAAGAGUCCUUUGAAUUUGUUAUUGAAGCCGGGGCAUUAAUGCUUGCAGAUAAUGGGGUUUGCUGUAUAGAUGAAUUCGAUAAGAUGGAUUUAAAAGAUCAAGUUGCUAUUCACGAGGCUAUGGAACAACAAACAAUUAGCAUAACAAAAGCUGGUGUAAAAGCUACACUAAAUGCACGCACUUCUAUCCUUGCAGCAGCUAACCCAAUCGGUGGUCGGUAUGAUAGAUCAAAAUCUUUACGACAGAAUAUUGGUUUAUCAGCUCCUCUUAUAUCACGCUUUGACUUGUUUUUCGUACUGAUAGACGAAUGCAACGAUAUUGUGGACUACGCUAUCGCACGUUCGAUUGUAGAUUUGCAUAUGGGUGUGCAUGGAGCAGGGGAUACUCAUACUGUUUAUUCGGUUGAUAAUAUUCGUCGUUACAUCGCCUUUGCUCGUUGUUUCAAGCCUAAGAUCAGUAGCGAAGCUAUGGAGUGUAUGGUUGCAGAAUACAAAAAAAUGCGACAGAGAGACGCUUCCAGUGGGACGAAGUCCGCGUGGCGUAUUACAGUUAGGCAGUUAGAAAGUCUUAUUCGUCUUUCGGAGGCCACAGCAAGGCUACAUUGUGCAGAUACCGUAACUCAAGGUCAUGUUCGUGAGGCAUUCUCCCUCUUAAACAAAUCUAUAAUACGAGUCGAACAACCUGAUAUAAAUUUGGAAGAGGAGAAUGAAUAUCAACAGCCAGACAUCUCUCAAACGCCGCAGACUGAACAGCAAACUACAGAAGCAGAUACAACAGCAGGUCACUUACGAGUAACGUAUGAAGAGUACAGACGCAUCGCAAGUUUGUUGAUUUUUAAAGCACGAAACUGGAGUGAGUCUUCAGCGGUUGAUGCUCCAUCUGACCAAACGGUUGGCGCUCCAAAGAAAAGUGAAUUAGUGAACUGGUAUUUGGAAGAAGUUGUCGAUGAGCUGGAAACGGAAGCGCAAUUAACAGAAUGCAAACUUCUUGUGGAGCGCAUAAUCGACCGUCUGAUAAAAAAGGAUAAUAUUUUAAUAGCUAUUGGCGGCACAGGACUGGAUGCAUCUUCUGAUACUGCAGAUCCUUAUAUCGUUGUACAUCCGAAUUAUUCGGAGUGA